UCCAUCAGGUCUUCAUGAAGCCUCUCUCCCCUGCUGCCCCUCCUCGUUCCCCAGCACGAAGCUCCCUCCCCUCAGACUUUCCUUCACUCCAUAACUUCGGUCCGUUUCCGAACACCAAAUCAGCGCCGGUCCAACCUAUCGGUGAUCCAGCGGGAGUCGCAUCUGGUGAGACGGCGGAACAUGGCUUCGAGGUCGGGCUUUGGACUUUCUUCUGACAGCUGAACUCCUUCGGCAAUGCAGCAGUCCCCUCUCUGAUGAGACGAUGAGAACCCACACCCGUGGGGCCCCCACAGUCUUCUUCAUAAGUCUGCUGUGGCCCCUGCUUGCUCCAGUUCCCGCAGCUGAAGUGGACCCUGCCGGGGGAAUUUCCUUCAUGGGAGGCAACUAUGACAGUCAUCCCAUGUUGUACUUCAGCCGUGGGGAUGUGGAGGAGCUACAGUACGCAGCAGCAGGAACUCAUCGGCAGAUGGCCAGGAGGAUCCGGGAGGCUGGGGAGACCAUGCUGGAGCACCCAGAGGAGUACCUACCCCCUUGGAGCCCCACAGAGUUCACCGCCCGCUGGAAUGAGGUCUAUGGAAACAAUUUGGGUGUGCUGUCCAUGUUCUGCCUGCUAUACCCGCACAGGGCAGGGGCCCUCGACCUGGCCAAGGACUACAUGGAGAGGAUGGCGGCUCAGCCUAGUUGGUUGGUGAAGGAUGCCCCCUGGGAUGAAGUUCCUUUGGCACACUCGCUGGUUGGAUUUGCCACGGCCUACGACUUCCUGUAUGAGUACUUGAACAAAGGCCAACAGGAUCGCUUCCUUCAGGUGAUAGGCAAUGCAUCUCGCUUGAUGUACGAGAAGUCCUAUGUACGUGGCUGGGGGUUCCAGUACCUGCACAAUCAUCAGCCCACAAACUGUGUGGCUCUGCUCACCGGAAGCCUGGUCUACAUGACCCAAGGUUACCUUCAGGAAGCCUACCUGUGGACAAAGCAAGUUCUGUCCAUCAUGGAGAAGUCUAUGGUCCUUCUGCAGGACGUGACAGAUGGUUCACUUUAUGAGGGUGUGGCCUAUGGGACCUACACCACCCGUUCCCUAUUCCAGUACAUGUUUCUGGUGCAGCGCCACUUUGCCAUCGGCCACUUCAGACAUCCUUGGCUACUGAAGCACUUUGCCUUCCUCUACAGGACCAUCCUACCAGGAUUUCAGCGGACCGUGGCCAUCGCAGAUUCCAACUACAACUGGUUCUACGGACCAGAGAGCCAGCUGGUCUUCUUGGAUCGCUAUGUGUUGCGUAAUGGCAGUGGGAAUUGGCUGGCAGAUCUGAUUAAUCAAAACAGGAUUACAGAAGGGCCGGGACAGGCUGGAAAGGGCCAGCGAUGGUGCACGCUGCACACGGAGUUCAUUUGGUGCAGAUAAGGCCCAUGCUUUAGAAACUGACAACUACUGUUUGGAAUGAAUGCUUAAAGACAUUUAUUCCAAAAUGCAUAAAAAGCAUUCCAACUAAAUCAUUUCCAGCUCCUCAGGAGGUGUCGGUAAACGGCUGGACUUAAGUGUACCAUUUUGUCAUCUUUGGAGAAGUAGAGUCUUUCCUUUCACCGUUAAGUACAAAUAUGGUGCUCUGCAAAACUGCUGAGUCGUCCUUCAUGUUUUAAUGUUACUCUUCAGCAGCUUCCAGCUUCUAAAUUGAUUUGAUCUGGAACUCUUCAGGCUUUCUGGAAGUUUUACAUUUUGCUUUUAGUUUUGGCUUCUUGCCUUUUUUCUUUCCAAUAGAUGGACCUUUUUUUAGAUGUUUUUAUUUUAGUAUCCUCCACUGGAUGAGUGUUCUCUUUUUAAAGAACACACUAUACACAAUCCAUACUGUGAGAGAUAUUCUGCAACUCAUUAUCCUGCUUGUCCUGAAAUUAUUUUGUGAUUCAAUGUCAUUUUCUUUGCUCCUGUCUUUAACUCUACCAACCAACCUCCAACCACUUCAGUUUAGAGCUUUAAAUCCUUGACUGAACAGAGUAAUUUCAAAUAGGGAUGCACAAUAUUUCAGCAUUAAUGGUCGGCAGUUGUCAUGUUUAACAUCGGCCUCAUAAGUAAAGCUGGGCUAACAUAACCAAUGUUAGUGACCUACAGCACCUGGCUCUGUCUUCCCUGUAUUUUAUGUAUGUGGUCCCGGUUGGCUGGUGCGUUGGUGGUUAACGAACUAGCGCUAAACACUCAUCAUGGAGGUUUAACCCUGUGAGGAGCCUUCACGCUCGCCUUUUAGUCACGCUUCACGCUGGUUUUAUAGUAUUUUAUUAUUAGUAUUAUUUUGAUGGUUACACGAUCAACCAUACCAAAUACUUAGUCUACUUCGUCAGCCAGAGUUAAUGCGCGCGGCCGUGCGAAGAUCUGAAAGACUCGUCAGUAAAAGUUGGGCAACAAAAACAGUUUCUGUGACGCUUAUUAAAAACUCAAUACACAUGAAAUAAAAGAGCUACUAAGGCCACAUUAGCAGCAUUAAAUUAAAUAUCCCACUUGUUAUGCAUCUCACACUGAAGUGAGAGAAGUCACUGGUAACGAAAUGUUUAUGGAAUCAGAAAGAUUUUUUGCCUGUCAAAUAUCACCAAGUUUGAUUGAGGUUACACAUAUGUGAUUUGCAGGACAUUUUUUUCCCACACAAUAUAUUUUAAUUUAUUUUCAGAUACAUAAUUUCCUUUAGCAAAUGAAUUAACACAAAGCUUUAAACUUUUAUAGCCGCCAGAAAGAAACUCGUCAAACAUAAACCAGAGGUGCGCUUUUAUUUUGAAAGGAGGGCGGUGUAACUUGUGCCGUCAAGCUGGCUGGCUUUACUGUUAUUUCCGAAGAGGUAGCUAGUAUGAGAGACCCCAUGGGCCAAAACGUCCAAACUCUCUGUGAGAGGGUUUGGACGUUUUGGCCCAUGGGGUCUCUUAUAAAAUGAGUUUGUUGAAGCAAACAAAAAUCAGCACCACAAUUUUUUGCAAACAUAAAUAAAGCUUUUCUUUUAGUGAUAUCCCUCAGUCCUUGAGCAUCAGGCACCUGCCCCUUUUAUCCUUGAUGCCCCUAGUGCCCUUUUUUUUGUCUGUGUGUCAGGAGGCCUGCUCAACAAUAAUAUUUAGCUAAAUAUAAUAAUUUUGCAAAAUAAAUUAGUCUGUCUGCCUUCAGUUUAAUAAUGACAGGAUUCUCAGUGCCUCUGCCUCCAUGUUGUUAAGACACCGGGCCCAUGGUGAGGAGGAGGGGGACGGAUCUGCCCCCUCUAUCUAUCAAAUUAUGGGCAAGAAUAUUUAUUUUCAACAUACACUUGUUUGUGAAUAAAAACGUAGGCAUGAUGUUGAAGUUAGAAUAACAGUUUAUAUUUAUGUUUCGCAAUUGUCCUCGUAAUAGCGGGAAAAACCUUCUCUCCCCUAAACACAGAAAUGGUUCAGCUGCAGGCCCUGUGACAGACUGGCGACCUGUCCAGGGUAUACCCCGCCUCUCGCCUGAAACGUUCGCUGGAGAAAGGCACCAGCAUCCAUCCUGACCCCACUAAGGACAAGAGUGUACAGAAAAUGGAUGGAUGGAUG